AUGCGGUCCUAUACACCAGCCGGCAACCAUGUUUCAUCAAAUGAAACGAUAGAAGAACCAUAUUUGGUUCCACCGUCUAUCAAUAGGGUUUGUUGUUUCUCGGUCGACCCAUUAUGCGUAAACGUUUUGACACCCGUUGACUCAUACGGUGCAGGGGAUGAAGUGACAAAACAGAUGGUUCAAGGUGUAAUUGCGUCUGUAGAACAGCCAGGCUACAAGAAAGUGAGCUUGGCCAUUAUCGCUCUGCCACAGGAAGAAGACCUCAUCAUACAAGAUGGCGAAAUGGGAAUAUUUGCAGUAGAUGAAGUCAAAAAUGUACAUAACUCAUCGGAUGAUAUACUAGGCGAUGCGUUACAAGAGGAUGGGGUAAAACUUCAUGAAGACCGAGAGGUCGAGAGAGCACCUCUCUCCAUCACAGAGGAGCAGAUCGCCGUUGAGAAACCACAACCAGACAUAUCGGCCCAUUUGGACAUGAAAAGUACACGUAUUCGACGUCAAAUGAAACGCCGUAGAAAGGGGAUCAGGGUCAAGAGACGAAAGUCUAGGGUGACUGACAUGUGCGCGUCCCCCGUACCCGACAGACAGUACGGGACACGUGGAAUUAAAGCAUCUAUAAAGCAAGGUAUUAACAGAGUGCAAUCGUGUCAUAUAGCUGCAGCAUCACAUGGCGAAGACAUGCGUCCGGAAAGCGUUGUUAAACAUCUAAAACGUGCCACCCAGCUGCUGUUGAAACGGAAGAAACGGACAUGUGUUUACGUCGCCCGCGAGUUUGACGAGCUCAGACAGACCAUCGAAACUAAGUUCCACCUGGUGCUCUGUCGGUGCCAAGAACGCUGGAAUAGCGUCAACGCCACAUAUAUAAAGAGUCAGCGUUUGGACGAAAUCACUGGGGGAAUCCGUGAUGACUUGAAGUUGCCACCAUUGGAGAGACUCGUGAAGCAACUCCCGGAGCCUAUAAGGCUACAACACGCACCCAACGUGGACCUGUGCACAACCACGCUAGAUAGAUUUGACAGCGGCCGCCAAAUCAUGAACAUAAUUACCAAAUAA